CUUUCAUUGUUGAAAGUGUUGUUCUCCUGUUAAAGGUGGCCUGGGACAGCUUGGAGUUGGACUAGCUGAAAUGCUGAGGAAGCAGUAUGGAAAGGAAAACAUCAUCCUGUCAGACAUUAGGAGGCCUCCCGCUGAAGUUUAUAACAUGGGUCCGUUUGUAUACGCUGACGUGCUGGACUAUAAAAACCUGAGGGAGCUAGUUGUGAAUAACAGAAUCACCUGGCUGGUGCAUUACAGUGCAUUACUCAGUGCUAUCGGGGAAGCUAACUUGGCUCUUGCCCGCACCAUCAAUAUCACAGGACUGCAUAAUGUGUUAGAUCUGGCUCUGGAGAACUGCUUGCGACUGUUUGUACCCAGUACCAUAGGAGCUUUCGGCCCUUCAUCUCCCCGUGACCCAGCACCUGACCUCUGUAUCCAGAGACCUCGCACCAUUUAUGGGGUUUCCAAAGUCCAUGCAGAGCUGAUGGGGGAAUAUCUCCACCAUAAAUAUGGCCUGGAUUUCCGAUGCUUGCGAUACCCAGGAGUCGUUUCUGCCCACACCAAGCCAGGAGGAGGCACAACUGAUUAUGCUGUCCAGAUAUUUCAUGAUGCCCUCAGCACCGGCCACCAUGAAUGUUACUUGCGCUCCAACACUCGGCUUCCCAUGAUGCACAUUUCUGACUGUCACAGGGCCACCAUUGAGUUCAUGCAGGCCCCGGAAAGCCAACUUUCCCUGCGUACUUACAACAUCGCAGCCAUGAGCUUCACACCUGAAGAAGUGGCAGAAGAGAUUCGCAAACACCUGCCCCACCUGAGGGUCACGUACAAUCCUGAUACCAUCCGGCAGACUAUUGCGGACAGCUGGCCAGUGCGGUUUGAUGACUCUAACGCACGUCAGGACUGGGGCUGGAAGCCUGCGUACGGCCUGUCAGAGCUGGUCACAGACAUGCUGGCCUCCAUCCGUGAAAAAAGAACCAAUGCAGGACUACCUGUCAGCUAGCAGGUUUCUCAGGGACUGAUACACAGAUCACCAGCACCUUUCCAGUACAUUUCCAAACUCAUUUAUCUCAAAUUUGGUAGCUGUUUCUUUAGACCAGGACUUUCCGUCAGUUAGAGAACUGCUGACACUGACAGUUCUCUAAAUAUGUAUGCUUGAGAAGAAAACAUGUUAACCAACAGUGAAAACUCACAUUCUCUCACCGCUCAGGAGACUCUGUCUUUCUUCUCUGUGAUCUGUUCUUGCAUAGUUUUUAAGUUGUCAUGGGACAGGGGAAAACAAGGAAACAACAAAAUUCUGAUGAAUACAGUAUAAUAAUAAUAAUAAUAUCAUUGCGCACAUUAGAGAUGAAACUGUCCAAUUGAAUUAUUUUAGAGACAUCAUACACUAUAUUAAAAUAACAAGGUCAGACUCAGCACUGAGAAAAAUUCUGGCUGGCCCAAACUUCAAUGAUCUGAUGUUAUAAUUAAAACUCUGCUUUCCUAAUCUUAACCAAUCAUGACAUUCUGUUUGGGAGGGGUUGAAUUUUGACCCCACAAAUGCUCCAUUUCUACAAAUACAGUAAGGACCACUAGACACCUCGCUCUGUGCUCUAGUCUAGACCACUCCAUGUAUUGUGUACAAGAGGAAGUGUUUGAACACAGCCAUGGGCAGAAAAUACUUUAAAUCACUACUACCUUCAAUGUGAAUCAAAAGACUGCCUUUUUUCUAGCUGCUAUGGCUGAGAAAAUCACAGUUGCCUGAAUUUUGGGUUCUGUUAAACCCACUUUUGUCUUCAUUAUUUAGGGUCAGUAAUCAAAGGGCUCUGGGUUUACAAUGCAUAGUGUGGUGGUGUGAAUUAAGUACUUAAUCGCUCAGCAUUGCUGAUGUAUUAUAAUAUACUGUUAAGAGUUUUUAAAACAUUUUUUGUUAACUCAGAAGAGCAGAACUACUGGAUGAAACACCCAAAGAUUCCUUGCAAUAGUAAAGAGGGUGUUCUUUGGCUUUGGCCUGUCUGAAAGUCUUAGUCUGCCUUCUGUAUAGGCUACUGGUGUAGACAAAUAAAAAUGACCUAUUUAAGACUAUAUAUAGAAUUUCUCACCUUUCUUCCAAAAGCAAGUGUGAUUUCCGUGUUAAAAGUUGAAACUGCCUUAAUUUUCAGUUAUUAUUUAGCCUCAAAAGUUGU